AUGCAGUCCGACGAUAUCAUCUGGACAGUCAUAAAUCAUCAGUUCUGUUCUUAUAAAGUCAAAACAACGACACAGAAUUUCUGUAGAAAUGAAUAUAAUUUAACUGGUUUCUGUACGAGACAAUCUUGUCCUCUGGCGAAUUCAAGAUAUGCAACUGUCAGAGAGAAGGACGGUGUAUUAUACCUAUAUAUGAAGACUAUUGAAAGAGCACAUACACCUGCUAAUAUGUGGGAGAGGAUAAAGUUAUCUAAUAAUUACGCUACAGCUUUGGAGCAGAUCGAUAAAGAACUUGUAUACUGGCCAAAUUUCAUGACUCAUAAAUGUAAACAACGUAUAACGAAAAUUACGCAGUAUCUGAUCAAGAUGAGACGAUUGAGUUUAACAGCUCAACCGAAGAAGGUAGGAAUCAAGAAGAAGCUCGAAAGGAGAGAAGCGACUCGUGAAAGAAAAGCAUUAGCAGCAGCGCAUUUAGAAAAGAAUAUCGAGAAAGAAUUGUUGGAGAGAUUACGUUCAAAAGCAUAUGGAGAUGCACCAUUGAAUGUCAAUGAGGACGUAUGGAGACAGGUCCUGGAUAUGGAUAGGAAAGGAAAAGAGAAGGAAUUAGAAUUAGAUAUGGAAGAUGACGAAUCUUUAGCAGAUGAAGACGAGGAAGAAUGGGAAGGUGGUGAAAGAGAAUAUAUAGAAGAUACAGAUGAUGAAAGUGUAGCGGAUUUAGAAGAUUAUACAGGCAGUGAAUUCGACGAAUUCGACUCCGAAGAAGAAGGUUCCGAAGGACAAGAAUUCCCCUCUGAUCUUGACGUGUCAGAUGAAGAAGGUGCAGAUGGUGAAGGAAACGACGAGCCCAUAUCCAAGAAGACUACUCCAUCUACUAAACCUGCAACUGCAUCUGGACCUGGACCGGUGGCAGGUACCAAACGUAAAGCUCCUCCUAAAGGUGGUGCAGCCAAGAAGGGAACUAGGAAACCUAAGGUUGAUGUGGAGUAUGAGAUGGAGACUGAACCUCUUUCUAGGGAGAUGUUGAAGAAUUGGUAG